AAGGCUGGGAGACAGUGGAAGGGGAUGAUAGGGCUCGGCAGCCUCCAAGCCUGGCUGGGUCCCGUGGCACCCGCUGGAUGCCCCACUGAACUUCACUCUUAAGAGAGCAAGACCCCAGCCUGUGGCUCUCAGUGCCCUUGCCAUCUCUACAGGAAGCAAGAUGGAGACCUGGACCCCACCGGGCUGCUUCUCAAAGGGCCUCCUGUUCUCAGCCUUGUUCCUGGCCCUUGAGCUGCCCCAAGGCUCACAGGCAGCCCUCCACAUCGAGAUGAUCCCAGAGCAGCCUCAAAAGAACCAGGACCUUCUUCUGUCCCUUCACGGUGUUCCCAGCACUGCUCAGGAUUUCAUCUGGUACCUGGGGGAGGAGGCUUCUGGAGGCACAAGGCUGUUCUCUUAUAUCCCCGGACUACCACGGCCCCAGAGGGAUGGCAGUGCCAUGGGACAGCGAGACAUUGUUGGCUUCCCAAAUGGUUCCAUGCUGCUUCGAAAUGCCCAACCUUCAGAUAGUGGCACCUAUCAGGUGGCCGCCACCAUGAACCCUGCCUGGACAAUGAAGGCCAAGAUUAACGUCCAUGUAGCUGGUGCACGCGAGGUCUCCUCACUCCUCCCUGUCCAUGCCGGGAUCACGGUAGCCAUCAUCAUUGGGAGUCUUGCUAUCGGGUCACUACUUGUAUGUGGCAUUGCCUAUGUCCUGGUCACUCGAAGCCGGAAGGGCCGGAGCCCCAGGAAUCCAGCCACAGAGAAGCCAGAAGUGAACCUGAGUCCUGAAUCUGGUGACAGCAACAUCUAUGAAGUGAUGCCAUCUCCAGUCUUCCUGGUGUCUCCCAUCAGUGACAUGGAGCAAGGAAGCCCACCCAUGAGUCAGCCUCCACCACCUCCACCAGCAUCUCAGGAGCCAGAGCCAGAGCACCAGCACUAUCAGGACCUACUAAACCCUGACCCAGCCCCAUACUGCCAGCUGGUGCCAACUUCCUGAUGGACCCUCGGCCCAGCCUGCACAGAAGACAGAAUCUCAACUUCCAGACCCCACCCCUCAGGGCUUCACACCUAUAGAAAGGACACAUGGGACACCCACAGGACAACGCUGCAGGGAAACUGGCAAGAUGGGCUCUGCCAUAGACUCAGCAUGACAUGGAGUCAGUGCCUCUCGGGAUGAGAGACUGACAACCCCAGAUCCCCAAUGUCCCAACAACCUUCAGUCUGUGCCUCUUGGGCCACCUGCCUCUAAGAAAGCAGGCUCCUGCCCCACCCAAGGCCAGCGGCCCCAUCCAGGUAUUUGAGUGAUGGGAAGAAGGCCUUGGUACUCCACCAUAAAAUUCCAUCCAGCUUUAACCAGUUACCCAGAAGCCCUUUCCUUGGGAAGAAAGCACUACCAGGAAGGCCGCACAACCACCGGAGGUUCUCAACCUGUGGGUCAAACCUCUUCAGAGAGUCAAAUAAUUGUUUCAUAGGGUUUGCCUAAGACCAUCAGAAAUGCCAGAUAUGUAGAUUAUGGCUCAUAACAGUAGCAAAAUUACAGUUGUGAAGUAGCAACAAAAUUAUUUUUAUGGUCGGAGGUUGUGGUGACAACUUGAGGAACUGUAUUAAGGGUCUCAGCAAUACAAAGGUUGAGAGCCACUGCUCAUAGAGCCAAACACCUGUCAGGAAGAUAACAGCCUUGGGCAAAUUAACUGCCCGACCCCUGACCUGCUUCAAAAUCAGCCACACAGAGGACUGGGACUGUACAGCACAGCUGUAGAGCGCCUGCCCAGAGCCCACCCGUGAGGGACUGAGAACAUGGGGGCGCGGCUCUGCAGAUGGGCUGCUUGCGGAACUGGAGAGAGGCCUGGGUUUAAUCCUCAACCGCAGGGGGACAAAACAGUAGUUAGUCCUCAGCCACUGGGAAGACGUGACACGUGACACGCCUGGAGGAAGUCUCUGGAAGCUUGAAAGCUCAAGAAACUGCCCCACCCUGUGGCCUCUGGGCCCAAGGAUCAGUGACGGCCACUUUGGACUCACGGCGUUUGAUUGUAAGAUGAUAAACUGUAGUUGUUUUAAGCCACUCUUUGAUAGCAGGUUGUUCCAGCAAACAGGAAAUGGGGAUGCUGAAGGAUCCCAGGGAGGGGACGUUACAACCACAGCUGAUUGGCAAUAUGCAAAUGAGCCCCUCGGAGGGACUUCCCCAGGCUUUGAUCUCAUACAACCAGUGCAUGACUAAGCUGGCCAUCCAGAUCAACCAUGUGACCUGAGGGCCAGAGGAGACAGAAGGAGUGAAUAAACCAGGGCUUAAUUAUGUCUUUUUAAAAGUUCUUCUUUUGAGACAAAGUCUCUCUGUGUAGCCCUGGCUGUCCUGCAAUUUGCUUUGUAGACCAGGCUGACCUCAAACUCACAGAGAUCCACCUGCCUCUGCCUCUUGGUUGCUGAGUUAAAGGCGUGUGCUACCAGCAGCCAGCCAAAUUUAUAAUUUAAAAAAAAAAAUUUAUUUGAGUGUGUGUCUGCAUGUGCGUGUGCGUGCGUGCGUGCGUGCAUGCGUGCGUGCAUCUGUGUCUGUGUCUGUGUCUGUGUCUGUGUGUGUUUUCAAGUUCGGUUAGAUGAUGUUCACACUGUGCUCUUUCUCCCUCUUCUGGCCUUAGGUGGAAUUGCAUUUCCACAGCCCCUAAUUAGAAUGCAAAAAGCUCUGAUUAAUGAAAUGUGGGUGCAAGCAGUGCCCAGUAGUCCAGGUGCGCCAUCACUUUCCCUCCAGACUCCAGUCACAGUGACUAGCCCUGUCAGUCAGGUUCCUGAAUGAGCCCACCUAAAGCUGAGUUCUCCUGACCCUUUUCAUAGCUGUCUACCUGAGACCGAAGUAUCACAGGAGUGAGAAAUAUAAACCCUAAAUGAGCCACGCUGUGAGUAAAAUGGGGCUUCUUAUUACUGCACCGUAGCCCAGCUCAAUCUGACCACAGGUGAGGAGACCCAGCCUUCUCAACAUAAAAACUACAUUUCCCAGGAGUCCUUGCAACUAGAUCUGGCCACCUCGUGGUUAAGUUCAAUAUAAUCAAAAAUGGAAGUUGUAUAAACAGUUCACAGAGAGGUCUUCCCUGCAAGAAACAGAGCAAGUGAGAGAGUUGGGGUCCUGGGGAUGCUGUAGACAGAUUCACCAUGCUAAUUAGAGAGAGAUCUGAGCAAAAACUCCCUAACUUAAGUGACUUCUCUGGGGAGUCACAAUUUUCCAGGCUCUUUCUAAACACGUUUAACCCACAUCCAAGCAGCAUUUUCCAGAUAGGGCGUCUAAGUCUAACUGCUCCACUCUCACAGGACAGUCUGGAGAAUGCUGCACUAGUCAUAGUGUCCCUAAUAAAUGCAUUCAAAAUAUAUGCAUUUAUUAAGUAUAUAGCAAGCC